UCGACGCUCUCUUUUUGUGUCUCACUUAUGUACUACAAAAAUGUUUACAGAAGGUUUAGAUGAAAAGGCUUUGAAUUGGGUAAAGAAGGGAUCAGAUAGGGAACAAAAUGUACCAUGGACUGAGAAGCUAGACAAUAGAUACCCACUACCAAAAUCGCCAUUAGCUUAUAGUUCUAGUGGUUACACAUCUGGCCAUGGGUUGCCUCCAUUGAAAUUUCACCCUGGUCUUUUAGGACCCCGCAGCACCAUUUCCUUAAGUGUAGGCAGCGAUGAGGAGGACUCUGAUGAUUACAAUGAUAAUGGGAGUGAGAGCGUGGGAUCUGGCCCGGAUGAAAUUUAUGGAAAUCAUUCUGAUGAAGAGAUGAUUGAGAGGCCAGUGAUUAAGGGUUUUGAUGAAGGGAUAUUCAAUUUGAAUUCGAACACAGCUUUGAAUCAUAGAUAUGGAUCUACGAUAAAUAGAGGGUUGUUGAAAGAGGAUCUUAAACUUGAAGUGCCUGGGAAUGUUAGAAGAUUUACUGGCGGUGAAUGGAGUUUUGGAGCAGUUUCAGAUGGAAGUUGCCGGUUGCACGAAAAGAUUCAACCUUGCAGUGCAUAUGGUACACCUAUUGGUAACUUAAAUGAUAUGGCAGAAUUAGGAACUCCCAGUGCACCACCUGUUAUGGAUUUUGGAAGAGAAAUGAAUGAGUUUGAGGUAAAAAAUGAGCAGAUAAAUAAUCAGGUAAAUAUGGAGAAAGAAUCAGAAAAUGGUUUGCCUGGUGAUGAUGUAGUUUUCUCAGGUCAAAGAGGAGUAUCUGUAAAAUCUGAGGUCGAUGAAAGAGAAGAUGAAGAAACUCUUGGGGAAAAAGAACCACCUGCCUCUGUCUGGCACGCAAAUUCAAUGAAUCACUCACCAUAUUAUGAUGCCAGUGGUCAAAAUGCAUGGCAAGUACUUGUAGCUUAUGAUGCCUGCAUUCGCUUAUGCCUAAAUGCUUGGGCAAGAGGAUGUACAGAGGCACCAGAAUUUCUUCGCGAUGAGUGCCUUCUUCUUCGUAAUGCCUUUGGACUGCACAAAAUUUUGUUGCAACCUCGAGGAGUAAAACAAGCAGAAACUUCCACUAAGACUAGAGAACAGAUGACAACCUUAAAAGGAAAAAGGAUAGUUGGAAAGAUUCGUGUAGAAGUUAAGAAGCUCCUGAUAAUACCAAGAAGAAAACUAAAGAACACAGAUUCAAUGCGAAGUGCAAUCUACAUUCAAGCAGGGGCUGACUAUGUCCGACAUGUUUCAUCAUUAGUGAAACAUCGAAUCAGUUCUCUAAAACUCAGUCCAUUUUCGUCAGUGUGUGAAGAGUCAUUGUCAUGCUUGGUUCAGCUAAAGAGUUCAGCAGAAAAUAAUGAACCUGAACCUAGUUCUACAAUCUCAUUGCAGCCUGGGAGUGGAGAAUACCAUGACUUUUUUCCCGAGAGCCAAGGAGAUGUUAUAUUACUUGAAGUCCAGGACGUAAAGAAAAAUGUUCAAGGUCAAGCUACAGUUCCAAUUUCUUCCAUGACUGACAACCCUAAUGAUAGAACUCGAUGGUGGCCCGUAUAUCAGAAUGAUCACGAAUGUGUCGGGAAGGUCCUGCUCUUCAUUGGUAGUACGUUUACAAGCGAUGAAGCAGUGCAUAUGAAGAGUGGACAUAUUGUGGAGACUCUAGCAUACGACCUAUUGCUGGAAGCUGCCAUGCGUUCUCAUCAGUUUCAUGCACGAAAUUUACGCAUAGUUGGGCCUUGGAAGUGGCUCCUAACAGAGUUCGCCGAGUACUAUGGAGUAUCAGAUUCGUAUACUAAACUAAGAUAUCUCUCUCAUGUCAUGGAUGUCGCCACUCCUAGGAAAGAUUGCUUAGAAUUCAUGCAUGAAUUGCUUGUGCCAAUCAUUAAGGCCAGGAAUGAGAGAAGUUUAACAAGACAAGAAAAAAGUAUUUUGUUGGAUUGCAAGACCCAAGUUGAGAGUCUUCUGGCAGAUGUCUUUCAGAACUACAAGUCGCUAGAUGAAAACUCUCCUACAGGUUUAAACGACAUAUGGGGCACAAUACCAGAAAUUGCUGCACCGGCCCUAUCUCCUGCCAUACAAGUUUUCACCCUUCUUCAUGAUAUACUUGCUCAAGAUGCUCAAAUCAUGCUGAAAAACUAUUUGCAGACUGCAGCAACAAAAAGGUGUCGCAAGCACAUGCUAGAGACCGAUGAGUUUGUUUCUUGUAACUCAGAGGGUUUCAUCAUGGAUUCUGUUACAAUCUCCACGGCUUACUUGAAGAUGAAGAAUCUUUGCAUUAACAUAAGCAAGGAAAUCCAUGCUGAUAUCAAGAUCCAUAAUCAGCACAUACUCCCCAGUUCAAUAGAUUUAUCAAGCAUCACAUCAGCAGUUUACAGUGUUGAGUUGAGCAAGAGGCUUAGAGGUUUUCUUGCAGCAUGGCCUCCAUCGAGCCCCAUGCCACAUGUGAAUGAACUUUUGGUAGCAGUUUCUGAUUUCGAGAGGAGUCUUGAAUCAUGGAAUAUCAGGCCAGUGCAAGGUGGCAUAGACUCGAAAGAUCUGUACCAUAAUUACAUAAUGGUCUGGAUAGAGGAUUUACAGCUUAACUUGCUUGAUAUAUGCAAGUUAGAAAAGGUACCUUGGUCAGGAGUAGUUACAAAAUAUUCAACCUCUCCCUUCGCUGAAGAAAUGUUCGAAAAAAUGACAAGAAUGCUUUUGGAAUACGAAGUUGUGAUCAACAGAUGGCCCCAUUAUACAUUGAUUCUAGAGAAUGCUACGGCAAAUGUGGAAAGGGCAAUAAUCAAGGCACUGGAAAGGCAGUAUAGCGAUAUUUUGACUCCUCUGAGAGAUAGCAUACCAAAAAAAAUCGGCAUACAAGUUCAGAAAUUGGCUAGGAGGCAGUCAGCUACUCAUUAUUCCAUCCCUAGCCAGUUGGGAACUUUUCUAAACACUAUGAAGCGAAUUCUCGAUGUUCUGCACUGUAGAGUUGAGGAUAAGCUGAAGUCAUGGAACUCCUAUUUGCCUGUAAAUGGAGAUCAUAUGCCUGUAAAUGGAGAUCAUAAAUCUACCUUUGGGGAGCAGAUGAAUGCUGUGACGGUCCUGCUGCGAACAAAGUACAAGAAUUACAUUCAAGCUAUAGUGGUCAAGCUUGCAAGCAAUGUAAGUUGCUUCAUAUCACUAGUUUAACUUUGGCUUUAAUAC